AUGGAAGUCAUGCAUAAAAAUUCUUCCUCAUAUCAAACAAAAUUUAUUCUUGUUGGAUUUACGUUUAAGCCAAAGAUUCAGUUUUUUAUAUUGAUCAUACUUUCUAUUGUUUACUCCCUUUCUUUAUUGGGUAAUUUGGCAAUAAUUGUGGCAAUCUGGUUGAACCAACCUCUUCACACUGCUAUGUAUUACUUUCUUUGCAGCCUGGCAUUUUUGGACAUCUUGUAUAUAUCUGCCACUGUCCCAAAACUUCUUACAAUCUUGGCAAGUAAUGACAGAAUCAUCUCUCUGCCUGGCUGCAUUUUUCAGAUUUACUUCUAUUCAUCUUUUGGCAGCACAGAAUUUUACCUUUUGGCAGUUAUGUCAUUAGAUCGUUAUGCAGCUAUUUGUCAGCCAUUGAGAUAUCACUCAAUAAUCUCCAGCAAAACUUGUCUGUGGUUAAUUACUUUAUCUUGGACUACGGGAUUUGUAACUUUCCUCUAUCCUAUAAUCUUGGUGUCUGAUUUUUCCUUUUGUGGUCCAUUUGAAAUAAACCACUUUUUCUGCGAUGGUUCUGCUGUUGCAGAGAUCAGCUGCUCUGAUAUUCAACUUUUUAACCUGUUGCUCUCCAGCUUUGCUUCAGCAGUGAUUCUGGGUUCAUUAACUAUGACCAUGGUGUCCUACUGUAACAUUCUUUUUACCAUCCUGAAUAUCUCAUCUGCUGAUGGAAGAAAGAAAGCUUUCUCAACGUGUACGUCUCACUUCACUGUGGUCUCUCUGGUUUAUGGCAGUGCCAUCUUUAUAUAUGUGCGCCCAGCUGAAAGCUCUUCCCCUAACCUUAACAAAUGGGUUGCUCUUCUCAACAGUGUCAUGACUCCUCUGCUUAAUCCAUUUAUCUACACCCUUCGUAAUAAGCAGGUUCAAAAGGUCCUCAAAGAUACUAUGUAUAGAAAAAAAAGCUGA